CGAAGAAACCAGGCAAACCAAACCCUAAAAACCCGGCUCGUUGCUCUUUCAUCAAACUCCCUCAUCUCCUCCAAAUGACCCCACAAACUCCCACCAUCCGAUCAUAAAUCCACUCAAAGAGAUGAGCUCAAACCCUAGCUCGAGUGCAUCCGCCAGCGGCGAGAUCGCCAGCACCGCCGGUGGUGGAAGCGGUGGACCCUGCGGAGCAUGCAAGUUCUUGAGGAGGAAGUGCAUCACGGGAUGUGUUUUUGCGCCCUACUUCGACUCGGAGCAAGGAGCGGCUCAUUUCGCGGCAGUCCACAGAGUCUUCGGGGCGAGCAACGCUUCAAAGCUGCUGCUGAACAUCCCAGCCCACAGGCGGCAAGACGCUGUCGUGGCGAUAUGCUACGAGGCGCAAGCUCGCCUUCGAGACCCUGUCUACGGAUGCGUCGCCCACAUCUUUGCUCUCCAGCAACAGGUGGUAAACCUACAAGCUGAGCUCUCAUAUCUACAAGCCCAUCUUGGACCACUAGAGCUACCGACGCAACCUCUGCCACCCCUUCUUCCAAUGCAGUUGCCGGUGGCGCCACAUUCUCUCUCUAUAGCUGACCUUCCAAUUCCGUCGGCCUCGCCAUCCAUGCCCGCGCAAUAUGAUGUAUCGUCACUUUUUGAUCCGACGGUGCAUCCAUCCUCAUGGGCUGCUGGCACGCUACUGCGAAGGACAAUUGAUCCACGUCAAUUCAGUGGCGGCUGCUCAUUACCAACCACCAUGGUCGAAGGAGAGGGUGAUCUUCGAGCAUUGACAAGUGAAUUUCUCAGCACACAAUGCCCUCCCCGAAUGCCUGAUACUUCACCGACGCCGUGCCCCUCUAAAAAAGACAAACCUUGAUGAUGGAUCGGACGUUUGUUCAAAGCAUUGCAUAGCUCAUACAAGCAACAACGCUUUUUUCCCAUCUUGUUCUUGUCGUAGCAAUCACUUCAGUAAGUGAUGAUACUAGUUUUUCUUUUUUAUAACCUUUUGGUAUUUUGCUUAAUUCUGUGCCUAUUCUUUUAGAAGAGUUAAUUAGGAGUGUAUUGAAAUCAAAAUCGAUUGUGUUGCA